CAGGCGGCGAUGGUGAAAAUGAAGGUUAAUCAUUGUUUAUUUUGGAAGUAGUUGCAUUGGCCGUUGAAAAUCAGCGUUGUGAAGAAUUCCCCCACAAUGAAAAUCAACGUUGCCGAUUGCCUUUUUCAUGUAGUAAUUAUCUUAACCCUGUUUAUAUCGCGACUUCCGCUAUCCUUUUCAACGACAGAUGAAAUUCAGGUAAUACUCACGCGGUUAGACUCCAAACGCUCAUCUCCUUCGGUUCAAGAAUCAGCCGCUAAAGCCGUCUUGGGAAGAUUGCUCCCUACCCAUUUUCACAGUUUCGACUUUAAGAUUGUCUCCAAGGAUGUUUGUGGGGGACAAGGUUGCUUUUCCAUAGAAAAUUACAAUGGCUUCAACCAAAAUGGACCCGAGAUAAUAAUUAAGGUACCACAGCAGUUGAAAUUGCCUCUGGCCUCCACUGGCAUAUUAAAUAUUUCUGUGGUGCUCAUGUAUCUUGGGACAAGACUGGUGGUGUGCAGUUAGCCUCCGUUCCCAAGCCAGGGUUAUUGCCCCGUGUAAAAGAUGACGGUGUGCUGAUUCAACGGCCUGUUCCAUGGAACUAUUACCAAAAUGUUGUUACUUCUAGUUAUUCAUAUGUCUGGUGGGAUUGGGAAAGAUGGGAGAAAGAGAUAGACUGGAUGGCUCUCCAAGGAAUCAACCUGCAGUUGGCAUUUACGGGACAAGAAGCCAUAUGGCAAAAUGUUUUCAUGGGAUUUAAUAUUACCAUGGAAGAUUUGAAUGAUUUCUUUGGUGGACCAGCUUUCCUUGCUUGGGCUCACAUGGGAAAUUUACAUGGGUGGGGUGGUCCUUUAUCGGAAAACUGGUUGAAUCAGCAAUUGGUUUUACAAAAGAAGAUACUAUCUCGGAUGUUAGAGCUAGGCAUGACUCCGGUGCUUCCGUCUUUCUCUGGGAAUGUUGCAGCAGCUUUGAAGACAGUUUUCCCUUCAGCAAAUAUAACUAGACUAGGGGACUGGAACACAGUGGACGGUGAUCUGCAUUGGUGCUGUACUUAUCUCCUGAAUCCUUCUGAUCCUCUAUUUGUUGAGAUUGGAGAGGCUUUUAUCAGAAUGCAGAUCAAAGAAUAUGGUGAUGUGACUGACAUCUACAACUGUGACACAUUCAAUGAAAAUUCCCUGCCUACAAAUGACCCAACAUAUAUCUCUUCCCUCGGUGCUGCUGUGUACAAAGCAAUGUCCAAUGGUGACAAAGAUGCUUUGUGGUUGGUGCAAGGUUGGCUUUUCUACCGAGUCAAAUUUCUGGAAGCCACCCCAAAUGAAGGUGUUUACUGCAUAAUUUUGGAGGAAAUAUUGAAAAGUAUGGAACACUGGAUGCAAUUUCUUCUGGUCCAGUGGAUGCUCGCAUAAGUAAAAAUUCAACCAUGGUAGGUGUUGGCAUGUGCAUGGAAGGGAUAGAGCAAAAUCCAGUUGUUUAUGAGUUAAUGUCUGAAAUGGCAUUUCGGAAGGAAAAAGUUAAAGUUCUGUGCGUAGGCUGUCCGGCCAAAAGCUAACUUCUUGCAUUGUAGGAAUGGCUGAAGACCUACACCCACAAUGGAUCAUAACACAGAUAUCAUAGUCAAAUUUCCAGAUUAUGAUCCAUCUACAAAUUCUGUAUCUCAACCAUCAAAGCGAAACAAUACGUACAGCUUGAAAAAAAGGAUUCAGAGUAUUUUCAUUUCUGAAAAGUAGCUCUGAUCUGCCUCAAGCACAUUUGUGGUAUUCUACUCAUAAGGUCGUCAAUGUCCUUGAGGCUGGAAAUGAUUUAGCUGGCAGCCUCACAUAUAGAUAUGAUUUGGUCGACUUAACACGUCAAGUGUUGUCAAAGCUAGCAAACAAAGUCUAUUUGGACGCAGUGGAAGCUUUUCGAAGGAAGGAUGUCAAAGCUUUAAAUUUUCACGGUCAGAAGUUUAUUCAACUAAUAAAGGAUAUUGAUGUACUUGUUGCUUCUGAUGACAAUUUUCUACUUGGAACAUGGCUUGAAAGUGCAAAAAUGUUGGCAAAAAAUCCAAGCGAGACGAGGCAGUAUGAAUGGAAUGCUAGAACGCAAGUGACAAUGUGGUUUGAUACCACAGCAGUCAAUCAAAGCCAGCUUCAUGAUUAUGCCAACAAAUUUUUGGAGUGGACUGUUGGAAGGAUACUAUCUGCCUCGAGCUUCAAGCUAUUUUAACUAUUUGUUAAAAAGCUUGGAGAAAAAUGAGAGUUUCAAUAUGGUGGAAUGGA